AUGCGUUCACUAAUACAUUCAAUCGCGCUAUGCAUCUUUGUAGCACACGUUACAAUCUUUGCGAGAGCGCAAAAAACAGGCGCACCAUCCGACUCACCCCAGGACUCCGAUAUCUACCAAUCCUCCUACCUGGGCGGAGAGCACAACAUUGAUCCUGCAGAUGUCCCAAAAUUCACACAACUCUGGAAUGCAUCAUUCAACCCCGACGAAAAGCACUGGGCGCGCCCUCUUGUGCAUACCCUCUCCUCAACCGGCCGCCAGAUAGUCUUCACCGCCUCAACCGAGAACCGCAUUAGAACCUUUGAUGUGGAAACUGGUCAGCUACUGAACGAGCGUCAAGUCGCUCCACCAUGGCCCAUGGACCAAGCUUUCUGCACAACGCACGUCAGCAAGACACUAGGUAUCAUGGGUACACCCGUCAUCUACCGCGAAGACGGCAACGAAAUCGCAUUCUUCUACGUAAAGAGCUAUAUCGAGGACUAUCGAGAACCGGGCGGUGCGUACCCGCCCUUGAACUCUGUGUACUAUCUCUACGGCGUGUAUCUCGAUACGCUACAGGAUCUGUACAAGUAUCCCAUGAUUAUCGAUGGCCAGCCCUCCGAUAACGAUAUGCGCAAGACGUUUCUGGGUGGUUUGGUGUUGCAGCGACCGGCGUUGCUGUUACUGGGUGAUGUACUGUAUGCGGGAUUCGGCGGGCUAUGCGACGCAUUCAACUACACGGGCAAUGUUGUAGCUGUUAAUCUAGCGACACAGAGUACGUAUACGUGGACCACGCAAGCAGAAAACGGGAGUUUGUACACCGAUGACUGGACUGCGUGGCAUGGUGGUGGCGCGGGCGGGAUCUGGCAAGCUGGAAUGGGGCUUUCUUCGGAUGGCAAAGACGUCUUCUUCACGAUUGAUAACGGCGGCGGGUCCACGGCUGCGACGCUUGAUGUUACACCGAAGGAGGGUCAUAAGCCUUUGGCUGUUCUUUCGGAGACGGUGGCGCGCAUUACGCUUGAUGAGGCGGGUGGAGCUGGUAUCCAACUUGUUGAUUUUUUCCGUCCGUCGGAUUGGCAGACGGACUCUGGACAGGACAUUGGAAGUGGAGGGUUCGCUCUUCUUGAUCCUAGCAUUUUCAAGACAAAGGGCGGAAAGAGGAUUGGGGUGGCAACGUCGACGAAUCCGAGGAUGUACGUUACGGAAGUUGAUAACUUGGGCGGGUAUCUGCAAGGGAAAGAUGACACAGACGGCAUUCUACAGACUAUUGAUUUGGAAGGCGAGGUUUUCGGUGCGAUUGGAUCAUACCCUCUUGAAGGCGGCUACAUUUACGUAAACCCUGGUAAUACCGCUUUAUCGGCGUAUGCAUUCACCCAGAAUGCAUCUUCGCCUUUCAAUAUCGCUGGCAAGUCUUCCGAAACAAACGGACAUUGGGGUGGUGCGGGCCUUCCGACUAUCACCAGCAACAAAGGCCAGCCUGGGUCAGGUGUCGUGUGGGCAACAGAUGUACAGGCUGGACUGCGGGCGUUCAAAGCGGUGCCGGUGAAUGGGACACUGAUUGAGCUACCGCUACCGAUGGUUGAGGGUGCUGUGAAGUUUGGGAGACCGGUGUUUGGCGAUGGCAAAGUGUUCGUUGUCGAUGGUCAGGGACGCUUGAUUGCACUGGGGAAGAGGUCGUAG